AAGAUAAAAUAGUGUGUCAUACUUCGGACGCGAAGUAGAUUGAAAAUCAUUCGAGAAACAACGCACGAGAUAAAAAUUCUUUCUUACAACGGUUGUCCGUUUCAUUGAGCCACGCGCUCUGACGUAAGGAUACGCCAUCCGACGAAUCACCUAUACAACACACACACACACACACACACACACACACACACACACACACACACACAUACAUACACACGCAUCAUACAUACACACAUACACACACACACACAUCAUCGGUGGCAUACAGUCGCCAGACAUUCGCAGUGUGUCUUCAGAAAUCCAUUUAUUCUCAUAAGAAAUCGUGUACUUCGCCAAUGGCAGAAAAUUUACGAGAAGGUCUUCUUCUGGGUAUGGGAAAUCCUCUGCUUGAUAUAUCUGCGACUGUAGACAAAAAUUUUCUGGAGAAGUAUGACUUAAAAGCCAACGAUGCUAUUCUUGCGGAGGAAAAACAUAAAUCUUUAUACGAUGAGUUAAUCAACCUGUAUAAUGCCAAUUUUAUUGCUGGUGGUUCUGUACAGAAUACAAUGCGAGUAACACAAUGGUUCUUGAAAAAAUCAAAAGUUGCCAGUUACAUGGGUUGCGUAGGUAAUGACAAGUAUUCCAAAAUAUUGGAAGAACGAGCUCUUACAAAUGGCUUAAAUGUUUGCUAUCAAUAUACGGAUAAGGAACCAACUGGGACUUGUGCCGUUCUUAUCACAGGAAAGGAAAGAUCUCUAUGUGCUAAUUUAGCAGCUGCAAAUUGUUUCUCAACAUCGCACAUAGAAGUACCGGAAAACAAAAAACUUAUAGAAAAUGCAGAAUAUAUUUAUAUUUCUGGAUUUUUCUUAACCGUUAAUCCAGAAGUAAUCCAAAUAGUGGCUAAGCAUGCGUAUGAAAAUAAUAAAAUGUUUAUGAUGAAUCUCAGUGCACCAUUUAUACCCGACGUUUUUAAAAAACCAUUAGAAGAUGUUCUCCCUUAUGUAGAUAUUUUAUUUGGUAAUGAAGCAGAGGCAGAUGUAUUUGCAAAAGUCCAUGAUUUUAAGACUACAGACAGAAAGGAGAUAGCGUUAAAGAUAUCUUGUAUGGAGAAGAUAAAUAAAAAGAGGAACAGAAUCGUCAUAAUUACACAAGGUUCUGGACCAAUUCUUUUAGUUAAGGACAACAUAGUGAGAGAAUAUCCUACUACGAAAAUCCCAGAAGAAAAUGUAAUCGAUACUAAUGGUGCUGGGGAUGCAUUUGUAGGAGGUUUUUUGGCACAACUGAUUCAAGGGAAAGAUAUAGAAAUAUGUAUAAAAUGUGGUAUUUGGGCUGCCACACAAAUUGUACAAACUUCUGGAUGUACUUACAAUGGCACACCUGACUUUAAACUUUGAUUAAAAAUAGAUUUAUUAGCAAUUGUAAAUCCAGUACUUAAAUAAAUACCUUAAUAACUAUAUUAUAUAAAAUCUUUUUAUGGCAAUGGUAAAUCAGCAUUAUUCAUGUUAAUAUAUUUGUAAUUCAUGAAUAAAUUUUUUUAAAACUUCUCA